AUGCUGCCGCAUCAGCUCAAGCGCGCCGUCGCGGAGGCACAGGCCCAUGCGGCGGCUCAGCGGGACAGCGGUGAGGCCACAGGCGAGACCUUGAGUGCGGGAGAGGCCGACAGGCUUCGCCAACUUCAAAAAGACCGCGCACAACUUCAGCUGCGGAAACUGCAGGCGGAUGCAGGGUUGAUUUCCAAGCAGGCGGCGGUGGUCGCCGCGGCGGGCCUGGAGUGGCUCUAUGACGACCCUAAGGGCAAAGAGGUGCAGGAGGCCCAGCGCGAGGCGUAUCUGCUGGGCAAGCCGAUCGAGGCGCCCUCCGCGCCGUCCGCCGCGAGCUCGCGCGCCGAGCAGAUCGCGGCGGGGGGUGCGGGUUCGCAGGCGCGAGGAAGGGGCGACGUGAGCUCGGCCUCGUUGUUUCUGCCUGAGAAGUCUCUUCUGCGCGCGAGCGACGACACGCUUCGGAAGCUGCGGGAAGACCCCUUGUUCCUCAUAAAGCAGGCUGAAAUCACGCAGAAGAAACUCAAGGAAGCGAACCCCCUGUGGCGCCAGCGAGAGGAGGAGCGACGCGACCGCGAGCGGCGCCACGAAGAGGAGAAACAGAGGAAGCGCCAGCGCAAACGCGAAAAGAAAGAUACCAAAAAGAAGAGAAAACUCUUGCGGAAGGAGGAGAAGGGAAGCCGCCUCGAGGAGGAGGAGCGGUGGAGAGAGAGGGGGCGGAGACACCGAGCAGACGACGGAGACCAGGACAGGUUUAGACGCGAGAGAGAAAGAAGCCGGUACGAUGAGGAGGGAAACGGAGACUACAGAGGGGGCAGGGACCCGCGGACGCGGGUGCGAAGUGUCGAGAGACGAAGCAGACGCGACGCGGCCGCAUCCAGAGAGCGACCCGAGUGGAGAGUCACGCGAGACCGCUCCAGGGGUCGACGCGAGAGGCAGGAUGGCCGCUACGCCUCGCGGACGGCACGGGAGAGAUCCUGGAGCGAGGAAAGGAGACUGUCGCGGGGAGAGGGGCGAGGACGACCCACAAGAGGCUCCUCCGCCUCGUCAAGAGACUCCAACCUCGCCGGUGACGAAAGACGCAAGCGAAUCAGACGCGCUCACCGCAGAGAUGGUCGCUCCUUCUCGUCCUUCUCUUCGUCCUCGUCUUCGUCCUCGUCCUCGUCUUCCCCGUCACCAGAGCGGUCGCGACGGCCACCGACGCCUCCAGAGGCUCCGGUGGACGUGAAGCACGAAGCUGGGGCUGCGAGCGCGGAACCGUGUCUAAGUCAAGUUAAACGGGAGCGAGCAUCCCUAUCUGGAAGCCCGCCUGUGGCAGCCUCGAGUCCGUCCUUUUCGUCUGCAGCAGGGCGUUCCGCGCCCGACAGGGACGGGGUGAAGCAGGAACCUCGGCGCGUGUACGGGCCCGCGAGGCCCCAGGUCGAGGCCGUGCAGGCCGAGGCGUUCGGCGUAACCGACGACAUCGCGCCUCCCGACGCCAUCCAGGAGAAGGCCAGAAAGAUUCAGGAGCAGAAAGAGGCGCAACAGGCAGCGGCCCUGGCAGCUCGUAACGUGGCGAUCGACCAAGCCGUCAAAGAGCGACGCGAGAGAGAAGAGAGAAAGAAGAGGGAGGGAGGAGAACAGGGCCAAAGCGGCCGGCCGGACGAAGGCGACAAGCUCGAGCAAAUGAGGGAAGAAGGCAGACGUCACGAGAUGAACAAGGCGCGGAAGCACGAGCUGCUGGCGAUGAAGGACGCGUUUCAGGCUCAGUUGGAAGAAACGUGGCGAGUCAACACCGAGGGCGGGGACUUCUUCAACUCAAUUCAGCGACAAGCGUUCGUGAGCGAAGGACGGACCGUGGAGGACUUCCUACAAAGGCGCCGAGCGCGAAGAAGAAAAGGCGCAAACGAUGAUGAUAUUCUCGCGACGAAUGUGGAGCAACGCUGA